AUUCCUUUUAUCUCUCAACAACUCAUCACAUUACCUACGGUUUCUACGCCUGCACUUCCUCUCUCAGUACCGUUCAAUCAUCCUGCAUCUCGAUUUGCAUAUACUCUGCAAAGUCUGAAUCUACAACAACCUCGCAUCUUUCCUGACCGUGUGCUCACUCUGCCUUUCCUUCGGUAAUUCUAACUACUAAUUCCGACUACUUACCAUGUCGGGGCGUGGCAAGGGAGGCAAGGGUCUCGGAAAGGGAGGCGCGAAGCGUCACAGGAAGGUGCUUCGCGACAACAUCCAGGGCAUCACCAAGCCGGCCAUCAGGCGUCUCGCUCGCCGCGGCGGCGUGAAGCGCAUCAGCGGUCUCAUCUACGAAGAGACGCGCGGCGUGCUGAAGGUGUUCCUCGAGAAUGUCAUUCGCGACGCUGUCACUUACACGGAGCACGCGCGGAGAAAGACGGUCACUGCUAUGGAUGUCGUGUAUGCUUUGAAACGCCAAGGCAGAACCCUGUACGGCUUCGGCGGCUAACCAGUUAUUAUUAAGUAGCUUCUUAGAGAUGUAGGGAUUGUUACUGAUAGCUUUAACCAUGAGUUAGCUUCUUGCUGGCACACACCCUGAUUUACCAGGAACACCUUGUAAAUGUACAAAGC